GGAUCUUUCUUUCUCUGCAACUAUAUCCAGUGAAGGUAUCGACACUUUUUAGAAGACGCGCUCUGAGCAUUUCUUGCCAGUGGCAUGUCACAGCCAAUUCCUUUGUCUCGUCUGAGAUCACCCGUUCUUUCUCGGUUUCUAACAGAAGAAGAUCAGCCAGAAUCACCGCAAGGCCUCGAUGAUGUGUUUCCCCACUCAGCGUCCUUCGACGAUUCCCCAGACGCCAUAAAAACUCCCUGGAAACGUAGUCUCUAUGAGUUGCUCGAAUUACCAACGUCGUCUCCUUCAGCCUUUCUCGUUCAUGUCGCAUCAACAUUUUUAAUCGUCUUUUCUGCCCUCGUCACUGUUCUGGAAACAGUUCCAAGCUUUCACUCCAUCUCGCCUCGCGUUUGGUUUGGUUUUGAAACCAGCUUGGUCGCGCUUUUUACUGUGGAAUACGUCGCUCGUUGCAUCGCCUGGAGUUCUACUUGGUGGGGUCUGGUUAAAUGGGUUAUAUCAUUUUACGGAGUUAUCGACAUUCUCGCUAUUUUACCAUAUUACAUCGAAAUUAUAUUGCAACAAGAUACUUCUGUCCUUUUUAGAUUCUCGAUUCUUCGAAUGUUUCGACUACUGCGCGUUUUUCGACCUUUCCGUUACAACAAUACCAUACUUCUCACUAUUGAAGUGAUGUAUAUCUCUAUUCGGAGAUCACAGCAUGCCUUACUCGCACUAAGCUUCUUCGUAGCUAUGAUGCUGACUGUUUUUAGCACUUUGCUAUACUUUGCUGAACGUGGUACAUGGGAUAAUACACUAGAAACUUUCAUAAAUUCUGAUGGUGACCCAUCUCAAUUUGCAUCUAUACCAGCAGCCGCUUGGUUCGUUCUAGUCACCAUAACAACGGUGGGAUACGGUGAAAUUACACCUCGCUCUUUCUUAGGAAGGCUUAUUACUGUUCCACUGCUCGCCUUGGGAUUGCUCCUUAUCGCGCUUCCGAGUUUUGUUCUUGGAAGAGAAUUUAGUUUAGUUUGGGACAAAAUGGCCGGCGAUCAUGAUCUACCCCUCGAUCUCGAUACACCGGCCAUGUCAUUCACAGGGCAACAUCGUCGCUUGGAGUCCCAAUCGGAUAUCGGACGAGACCUGACAAACCGUAAGCUCGCACAGAACCAGACGGAGCUAAGUCGUCAAAUAUCAGAAUUGCGAAUGACGAUAGACAUGCAAAGUGAAAUGAUCAAAGACCUGAUAGGCGCAUUAGAUUCAGACGUGUCGAGGGGCAAACGCAAGGAGCGGACCUCAAGUAUUGGUACCCGAAAUUCUCUGAGCUGACCUAGGAAAUGGACUAGGCUCUACUAAUUCAUUCCAGAUUACAUACACAUACAUUACAGUUGUAUUAUGGGCUAUAGAGGGUGGUAUCUAGUACACCAAACAGGGAAAACAUGCACAUUGUAUACAGCAAUUAACAACAGGAAUGUCAUUUUCCAUUCAUUCCCUU